ACCAAUCUGCACACAGCGUUGUUCCCGCCACCUUCACUCUUGGCGCGAUUGUGGCUUCGAUACAAGGUAAACCUCGGGGCUGAACCUCCAUUUUCGACAACAGCUUUGGACUUUGAUCGUCUGUACCCUUCGUUUACAUCGAAACGUCUUCCUGGUUGUUACUUUUGUGAUUUUUCUUCUCGGGGGAAAAAUGUUCGAGGCACGACUUGUUCAAGGAUCUUUGUGGAAAAAGAUUUUAGAAGCGACAAAAGAUCUCCUCAAUGAAGCAAUUUACGAUUGCACAAGCACAGGAAUCAGUCUUCAAGCUAUGGACAGUUCACACGUUAGUUUGGUGUCCUUAAACUUGCGGAGCGAUGGAUUUGAUACCUACAGAUGUGACAGAAACUUGUCCAUGGGCAUUAAUUUGCCGAGCAUGGCAAAAAUACUGAAAUGCGCUGGCAACGAUGACAUUAUCACCAUCAAGGCCGGCGAUAAUGCUGACACAGUUACAUUUGUCUUUGAAUCGCCAAAUCAAGAGAAGGUGUCAGACUAUGAGAUGAAGCUGAUUGAUCUUGACACAGAACAUCUUGGCAUUCCAGACACCGAGUACAGCUGCGUAGUGAAAAUGCCAUCUGCUGAGUUUCAACGUAUCUGCCGUGACCUUAGUCAAAUUGGUGACUCUGUUGUCAUCUCGUGUACUAAGGAAGGAGUCAAGUUUUCUGCCAGUGGAGACCUUGGGACAGGAAACGUCAAACUUGCCCAGACAACAAGUACAGACAAAGAAGAGGAAGCUGUUAUUGUAGAGAUGAAUCAGGCUGUUUGUUUGACAUUUGCACUCAGAUACUUGAAUUUUUUCACCAAGGCAACUGCUUUAUCUCCACAGGUGACAUUAUCUAUGUCACAGGAUGUACCACUGGUGGUGGAGUACAAAAUUGCUGACAUGGGAUACUUGAGGUUUUACCUUGCCCCUAAAAUUGAGGACCAGGAUGGAGAAUAAAUGGGCAGGACAAUGUGACUAUUCCAUGGACAAAUUUGUUUCGAACUUUAAAGCCAGUCAUGUACACAGCAUGAAGACUGGAACAGUAAAAAUUGCAUUGUUGUGUUUUGAGAAAAGAAAAAUUAAACUAGUACUUUUUUCAGUCAA